AUGCCCAUACAGAAGAUCCUCCUUCUCAACGGUCCUAAUCUCAACCUCCUCGGAACUCGCGAACCCCACAUCUACGGCUACGAUACCCUCCAAUCCAUUGAAUCCUCCCUUUCCACCUAUCUCUCCUCCCUCACUCCCGCCGUCACCCUCCUAACCUUCCAGAGUAACUGGGAAGGCGCACUUAUCGAUCGAAUCCAUGGGGCUCGCACCGAUGACACCGAUGCUAUUGUGAUAAACCCUGGUGCGUUUACACAUUAUAGUGUUGCGCUGCGGGACGCGUUGACGGGGGUGGAUAUUCCGUUUGUGGAGGUGCAUAUUAGUAAUGUGCAUAAGAGGGAGGAGUUUCGUCAUAAGAGUUUUUUGAGUGAUAAGGCCGAGGCGGUUAUUUGUGGGUUGGGCGUCUUUGGGUAUAGGGUGGCAGUGGAGUGGUGUGUGGGAUAUUUGAAGGCGAAGCCGAAGCCGAAGUUGUGA